AUGUUCGUCACAAUCCUCAUUGUUUCCUCCCGCAAGCCGGGAAUCACUGCAGAAAAGUUCCGCCACUACUAUGAGGAGUACGUCUCCUUGAUCCGCGACCUCACGGGGCCUGUGUUCCCCAUCUGCCAUCGCCGCACUUAUAUCGCGGAGUCAACCAUGAGCGCCCCGACGGGUGCGACGUCCAUGCCGGCGCCCGGGAGCCAGAGCCACAGCCAUGGCCAUGGCCAGAGCAACAGCCAAGGCGAAGGCCACAGUCAGAACAAGAGCCGAAACGAAAGCGACAACCGAAGCGAGAACCGAAGCGACAGUCUGAACCGGAACCGCCACCCCUUCGACUACGACGUCUUGGCCGAGUUGACCUUCGAAAACCAGCAGGUGUUCGAGCAGUUCAUUGCGAAACUCAGAGAGCCAGCGAUCGCAAAGAAAAUGCAUUCUACUGCGGACGAGUUCAUGGAGUGGACUGCUAGUUCGCUGGGGAGUGUGCAUGAGGUUAUGGAGACGAGGAGGCUUCCGGAUGGGUUUACGCGGUGGGACGACCUUUCGGAUUUAGAGGCAGGUUAG